CUUCUCUCUGAUCCGCCGUCCGACCGCCCUGGGCCGAAGGUCUCGGUACUCUUCUCUCUCGCUCCCUCUCUCUCCAAGUUGAUAUCAGCAGUGCAAUUUUGAUCUUCAAUUCGCCUUUCUGUUUAUAGUUUCGGUUGACUUCUCGAAUCGUGAUCGGAUCGGUGUGUUUUUUCUCUAUCCUCGCAUUCGGCUCCGAUCGAUCAAGGGCCGCCGGCUUUUUACGCUGAUAAUCCAGAUCUAUAGCUGUUGAGAUGGCAUCAACAGCAGGAGCCACAGGAUGGUUGAGAGGAAGAGUGAAAGCUGUUCCUUCUGGGGAUAGUUUGGUGAUAAUUGGGAGCACCAAGGCAGAGAUUCCCCCUGAGAAGACCAUUACUUUGUCAUCCCUCAUGGCCCCAAGAUUGGCCCGUAGAGGCGGUGUUGAUGAGCCAUUUGCAUGGGAAAGCAGAGAAUAUUUGAGGAAUCAUUGUAUAGGAAAGGAUGUCACCUUUAGAGUGGACUAUACUGUGCCAUCCAUAGGGCGAGAAUUUGGCUCUGUCUUCCUUGGUGAUAAGAACGUUGCUGUGAUGGUUGUCUCUGAAGGCUGGGCAAAGGUGAGGGAGCAGGGUCAACAGAAAGGAGAUGCCAGUCCUUUCUUAGCAGAGCUGCUGCGCCUUGAAGAGCAAGCCAAGCAGCAAGGGUUAGGACGAUGGAACAGAACACCAGGUGCUUCGGAGGCAUCCAUCAGGAACUUGCCUCCCUCUGCCGUUGGUGAUGCCAAUAACUUGGAUGCAAUGGGCCUCUUAGCUUCCAACAAGGGUAGGCCCAUGCAGGCUAUUGUAGAGCAGGCUCGUGAUGGAAGCACUCUUCGUGUUUACUUGCUUCCAGAAUUUCAGUUUGUCCAAGUUUUUGUUGCUGGAAUCCAGGCGCCAUCAAUGGGAAGAAGGGCUGCUCCUGAAACUGUUGUUGGAACUGAAAUGAGCUCUGAUGAACCAACUGGGGAGGGUUCUGCUGACCCUAAUGUCCCCUUAACAUCAGCACAAAGGCUUGCAGCCUCAUCGGUUUCAUCCGUUGAAGUUGCUCCCGAUCCUUUUGGUAGGGAAGCCAAGCAUUUUACAGAGAUCCGUGUAUUGAAUAGAGAUGUCCGCAUUGUACUGGAGGGUGUUGACAAAUUCAGCAACUUGAUUGGGUCAGUGUAUUAUCCUGAUGGUGAAUCAGCAAAGGAUCUAGCACUGGAGCUCGUUGAAAAUGGUUUAGCUAAAUAUGUUGAGUGGAGUGCAAGCUUGAUGGAGGAUGAUGCCAAGCGGCGGCUUAAAUCUGCAGAACUUCAGGCAAAAAAGACCAGGUUGAGAAUUUGGACAAACUAUGUUCCUCCUGCGACAAAUUCUAAGGCAAUUCAUGACCAGAAUUUCACAGGAAAGGUCAUUGAAGUAGUAAGUGGAGAUUGCAUCGUUGUAGCUGAUGAUUCUGUUCCACAUAACAGUCCGUUAGCAGAGCGUAGAGUCAAUCUCUCUAGUAUCAGGUGUCCCAGAAUGGGAAACCCUCGGAAAGAUGAGAAACCUGCUCCUUAUGCCCGUGAAGCGAAAGAAUUACUACGACAACGCCUAAUUGGCCGUCAAGUGAGCGUCUCUAUGGAAUAUUCCAGGAAGGUCGGCAUGGCAGAUGCACCCAGUGCCACAGCUAGUCCAGCAGAUUCGAAGGUUAUGGAUUUUGGAUCAGUUUUCCUGGUAUCUCCAGUUAAGGUUGAAGGUGAAGAUGCCUCGGCACAUUCUCUACCUACUGGAGGCAGCCAGCAGGCAGGUCUAAAUGUUGCAGAGUUGGUGGUUGCCCGUGGCUAUGCGACUGUAAUUAGACAUCGGGAUUUUGAGGAAAGAUCAAACUACUAUGAUGCCCUUCUUGCUGCUGAAUCUCGUGCCAUUUCUGGAAAGAAGGGCAUUCAUUCACCCAAAGAGUCCGCAGUAACACAUAUAGCUGAUUUGACUAUGGCUUCCGUCAAGAAAGGAAGAGAUUUCUUGCCAUUUCUGCAAAGGAAAAGGCUGCCUGCUGUUGUGGAAUAUGUCCUCAGUGGUCAUCGGUUUAAACUUUAUAUUCCGAAGGAGACAUGCAGCAUUGCCUUCUCGUUGUCUGGUGUUAGGUGCCCUGGACGUGAUGAGCCUUUUUCUGAGGAAGCAAUUGCAUUUAUGAGAAGAAAGAUAAUGCAGAGGGACGUUGAGAUUGAAGUGGAAACUGUUGAUAGAACUGGAACCUUCUUGGGUUCUUUAUGGGAGUCCAAGACUAAUAUAUCCACAGCACUUCUGGAAGCUGGCCUGGCAAAGCUUCAAACUUCCUUUGGUAUUGAUAGAAUACCGGAUGCACACCUCCUUAUGCAGGCUGAGCAGUCUGCUAAAAAGCAAAAGUUGAAAAUAUGGGAGAACUUUGUUGAAGGAGAGGAAGUAUCCAAUGAUUCAACUGCAGAAAAGAAACAGAAGGAAGAGCUGAAGGUUAUUGUUACCGAAGUCUUGGGUGGUGGCAAGUUUUAUGUCCAGUCAGUUGGAGAUCAGAAAGUAGCCUCUAUUCAGCAGCAGUUAGCUUCUUUAAGCCUUCAAGAAGCUCCUGUUAUCGGUGCCUUUAAUCCAAAGAAGGGUGAUAUUGUCCUUGCUCAGUUUAGUGCUGAUGAUUCAUGGAAUCGCGCAAUGAUUGUAAAUGCACCUCGGGGAGCUGUUCAAUCACUGAAGGACAAGUUUGAAGUGUUCUACAUCGAUUACGGAAACCAAGAGGUUGUUUCUUACAGUCAGCUGCGACCACUUGAUCCUUCAGUCUCCACUGCCCCUGGGCUUGCUCAGUUAUGCACCCUUGCAUACAUUAAGGUUCCUAGCUUGGAGGAAGAUUAUGGGCAGGAAGCUGCAGUGCAUCUGAGUGAGUACACAUUAAAUGGCCCAAAAGAGUUCAGGGCCAUAAUUGAGGAAAGAGAUACUUCUGGAGGCAAAGUGAAAGGGCAGGGAACUGGGACAAUUCUUGCAGUUACUUUGAUUGAUGCAGAAACUACUUCCAGUUUAAAUGCUGCUAUGCUGAAGGAUGGGCUUGCUCGAAUGGAGAAGAGGAGGAAGUGGGAGCCCAAGGAAAGGCAAUCUGCGCUCGAUGAGUUGGAUAAGAGUCAGGAAGAAGCACGGAGUAAGAGGCUAGGGAUGUGGGAAUAUGGGGACGUUGAAUCAGAUGACGAGGACGCUGCCCCACUGGCUAGAAAGGCCGGUGGCGGGAAGCGAUGAACUGAUAUGCUAUCGUUCCCACCCGCUUAAUUUAGGUCCGAUAUAAGUAUCUGGCGGCCUGACAAAAGGUGAAAAAAAAAAGACUUCUCUAGAAAAGACGUUGCAGCUUAAAGUAACUUCUUAAGUUAGUUUUGUUUUGGCUUCAUAUAUUUCCUCUUCUCUUUUUUUUUUUUUUUUUUACCUUCAUUUUCCUGUUAAAUUUAGAAGAUCUUCUCCGGAUUUGAGGCGACAAUUUUUGUUUUUUUAUUUAGUUUUUCAUUUUUGUUUUUUGGGAAUAUGUUUAUUUAUACAAUUGUUUAAUAAGGUAAACAUGAGCAUGUCUGCCCAGGGUAGCAGCGAAGUGACAAAAGGGAUUAUUCGGUUCGUAUUUGUUUUGUAGGUCUAUUUUUCUCUUUCAUCUUCGAAGUGUAAUGUAAUCCUAAAAUCAUGUUCUUCGCUUUGGGUAUCAGAGGAGCUCUUUGUCGAGGGCAUCUACCAGCUUCUUACCAUGUAUUAA